GCGCGUCCUGGGGGAUGGGGGACGCAGCCCUCCUGCUCCUGCUCGCGGUGGCCGCGGCCCCGAGGGAGACCCGGGCGGGGUCCCACUCCCUGAGGUAUUUCUCCACCGUGAUGUCCCGGCCCGGCCUCGGGGAGCCCCGCUUCAUCUCCGUGGGCUACGUGGACGACACGCAGUUCGGGCGGUUCGACAGCGACUCCCCAGGCCAGAGCUUGGAGCCGCGGGCGUCCUGGGCGGAGCAGGUGCGGCAGGAGGACCAGGACGACUGGGACUGGAGGACACAGAUGCUAAGGGAGGGCACACUGUGGUACCGAGCGCAGCUGGACCUCGUGCGCAGCCUCUACAAUCAGAGCGAGACCGGCUCUCACACCUUCCAGAAGAUGUCUGGCUGCGACUUGGAGCCCGACGGGCGCCUCCUUCGCGCGUACAGACAGUUUGCCUACAACGGCGCGGAUUACCAGGCCCUGAACGGGGACCUGCGCUCCUGGACCGCGGCGGACACGGCCGCUCAGAUCACCCAGCGCCAGUGGGAGGCCCAGGGUGAGGCAGAGAGAUUUAGAGGCUUUGUGAAGAACAAGUACUUGAGGUGGCUGUGCACAUUCCUGGAGUACGGGAAGGAGACUCCGCAGCGCACAGAUCCCCCAAGGACACCUGUGACCCACCACCCCACCUCUGAGGAUGAGGUCACCCUGAGGUGCUGGGCCCUGGACUUCUACCCUGCAAACAUCACCCUGACCUGGCAGCGAGAUGGGGAGGACCUCACCCAGGAGAUGGAGCUGGUGGAGACCAGGCCUGGGGGAGAUGGAACCUUCCAGAAGUGGGCGGCUGUGGUGGUGCCUUCUGGAGAGGAGCAGAGAUACACGUGCCACGUGCAGCAUGAGGGGCUAUUGGAGCCCCAAGUCAUGAGAUGGGUGCCCCCUCAGUCCUCCAUCCCCACCGUGGGCAUCAUUGCUGGCCUGGUUCUCCUUGGAGCUGUGCUCACUGGAGCUGCGGUGGCUGAAGCUGUGAUGUGGAGGAAGAAGCGCUGAGGAGGACAAGGAGGAAGCUACACUCAGGCUUCAGGUAUCGCCAUCCAGGGACUGGAGAGAGGGGUUCUGUGAGAAAAGCUGGAAACCUCACACACAGGGCAGGCUCGGGAGUCUCCUUUCCUCUGAGCCCUGCUUCUCUGACUCCUCACAGAGCAUCUCACCCCAGGACGCCGCCCUCCAGGACCCCCAACUCUGCCCACCUCAGCCCCCGCCCCGUCCUGGCGGCUCCACCAGAAUCCGGAGCAGCGCGGCAGCGCCCCCGUGUGGCCACAGGGCUGAGCACAGGAGACCAGAGCUGCCCUUUCUCCUGCUCAGCCAGGCCCUCCCCAGGCUCGCUGGGCCUCCAGCGGCAGGACAGGGAUCUGUGAAAAGGGCACCAGGUCUAGUGACAAGUGACAGGUACUCAAGUUACCUCCCUAGGGAGUCCUAGGGACUCAAGAAAGCACAUAGUUUCCAAGUCAUAACAACUGGUACUUAUAGGAGGAAUGUAGAGGAUCCAAAGAAGGGAUCAGGAAAAAAAAGUAAUAAUAAUAAAGUAAAAUUGAAAAUGAACAUGCAACUGUAACCCAGAGACAUUCUGCAGGAGGGGAGAAGGUAGUAGGAUCAAAACAAGGGUGGGAAGAGCACGAGGGACCACGGUGACAGUCCACGAGUGAACGGGUGGAGGGAAUUUCACGGGGACUAUAACCGAGAUGAAAAUGCGUACAUUGUACAAAAAUGAAAGAUGAUGUUAAAAAAAAAUAAAAACAACUGGUUCCCACAUUCUUUGCAGAUACCCCAAAUAAAGAGGGUCCUUCAGUUUCUGGAGUCCUUUUUUUUUUAUG